UGUGUGGAUAUAACCAAAGCCAAGCGACUUCAUGCCCUGGCACCUAAAAUCUAUACCCUAUUGUUUCAGUAGAACCCAUGGAUGACAGUGAUUAUGAAGAUGUAGACGAUAUACUUAAAAUACAUGAACAGAUAAAAACAGAAGACAAAAAUGACAGCAAGAUCCAUGGUACGCGCUCCCUCCCGGAUCAGGCCCAGGCAAGCAUCCCCGCUGGCCCUCCUGUGAAGUCUGCUUGUGGGACCAGAGCGAUAGGGCUGUUCUACGUUCUGCUCAUAAUCAGCUUUGUCUUGUGGGGAGUCCUGCUCUCUUUGGCCAUUGUAAAAUACACAGAAAUCUCUAUGGAAGUCCAGAACCUGACCGUAGAACUUUCAAUGAUGAUAGAAAAUGUUGCUGUAUCAAAAUCCUACAUCUGGGAGCAGUUUUUGAAGAAGUACACAUUCUCAACAGAGAAAAAUAAAUGGGGUGAAGCCAGAGACAUCUGUGUGUCUCAAGGAGCCGGUCUUGCAGUGGCCAGCAGUAUUGCAGAACUGGCCUAUUUGAAGGAAAUAACUGAAGAGCCACACUGGAUUGGACUUAGUGAUUUAGAAUUAGAAGGAGAAUGGAAGUGGUUAGGUGGAAGAGAGGUUGAUAAAAGCUAUUGGAAAUCUGGUCAGCCAGAUAACUUCAAUGAGGAAGACUGUGGUGAAAUAUUGCAAACUGGCGAACUGAACGAUUCACAUUGUCAUACAAUGAGACUCUGGAUAUGUGAAAAGUGGUGUAACAAUACAUGUCUGCUAUUUUAUUAAUGCACAUUGCUUCUUGUAUGCCUUUGCUUUUGUAUUAAUGCACAUUGCUUUUACCUUUGCUUUUUUAAGGAGUUUUGACCAAGUAGGGCCUUGUGAAUUUCACAGAAGUUUCAAAAAGGUUUUCUUAUCUGUAAUUUUAGGCUCAUAGCCCAAAGAUGUUAGUUUAGACUCUGUAACUGGCAAUAAUCAAACAAUCAGCCUAUUCCCAUAGCUGUUUGCAAACAUGACAUGAUUGAUUCAGAUGCGUUCAAGGGAGUUUUAUUAUUUUGUUACUAUUAGAAGUUUUUUGCAGUUUGUAAUAAAUUUCAUUAAGACAAAAUAGUGACUCUGAUAUCCUUGAAUGCCCACCAAACAGUAGUUUAGAAUUGAGGUGAACCAGGGAAUGCAAUUUGAACUCUGAAACACUUGUAUUAAUCAUUUUAUCUCCCCCUCCCCCCUUUUUUAUUGACAUUUGUAAUAACCUGAUGUGGCCACUACGGUCUG